AUGAGCUCCCUGUCAGCCCAGGCCUCUGCCUCUGGUACAGCAUGCAGAGGACUACCUGGAGAGGGAAAUCAGGUACAACCUAAGGCGCCUCUUCUACAGAUACUACGCAUUGCUGGAGCCCAGGAGGAUGUCUUCACAUUGAAAGAGGUGAUGCACUACUUAGGCCAGUACAUCAUGGGAAAGCAACUCUACGAUAAACAGAGGCAGCACAUCGUCCACUGCCAGGAUGACCCUUUGGGAGAGCUGCUUGAAGUGGAGAGCUUCUCCGUGAAGAACCCAAGCCCGGUGUAUGAAAUGCUCAAGAAAUACAUCGUCAUUCUUGGUAAUGCCGACGCUGCAGAGAAUCUUUCUGUGGGCCAUGAGUGUGUUGAGGGCGGAGUGGAGGAUCGCGGUCAGAUGUACGGGGCUGCAGUCAAAGCAGGAAUUGAGACUGCCGGUGACGGGCCUCCCCUGCCUUCCUGUUCUCAGAGAAGACCUCGAGAGCCCGAUGAAGAUUCGCUCGAAGGUUUGCCACGCUCGGCCUGUAAACGACCCAAAUUAGAUGUCACUCUUGAUGACUGGGACCUCUCGGGCUUGCCCUGGUGGUUUUUGGGUAAUCUCCGCAGUAACUACAGCCGCAGGAGCAACGGAUCUACCGACAUUCACACCAACCAGCUGUCUCCCUCACAGGAGGAGGACACGGCCAUAGUGUCGGACACCACGGAAGAUCUGUGGUUCUUGACGGAGGGGGAAAGUGAGCAAGUGAGCGUGGAGAUGAAGGAGGCCGUGCUGGAGGAAAGAAGCGCAGGAGAAGGCGACGCGCCGCUCGACGAGGAGGACGGAGGGGGGAAGGAGGAGAAGACGGAUCGAGAGAUGCAGGAGGAGCCUGACGAAGACUCUCAGUGUCUGAGCGACGACACGGACACGGAGAUCUCCACACAGGACGCGUGGCAGUGCAGCGAGUGCAGGAAGUUCAACUCGCCUCUACAGAGGUACUGCGUCCGCUGCUGGGCCCUGCGCAAGAAUUGGUACAAAGACGUGCCCCGAUUGGCCCACUCCCUCUCUGUUCCCGACAUCCCGGCGUUCGGCUCGCUGAGCGCGCAACGCGAGGACGACGACAGCGACAACGGCGUCGACGUCCCCGAUUGCGGCCGCACCGUUUCAGAACCGGUCGUCCUGCCGUCCCACUCCGCCGCCGACCGACCGCUGUCUGUUGCGGCGACUCAACGCCCUAUGGAACGCGAAGACGAGCUAGCGUCCGGCGGGGAAAGUCAAGAGAGUCCGGGCAUGGAGGUGGAAUCGCACCCGGAGGCCCUGCUGGAGCCGUGCAAGCUGUGUCGCAUCCGACCCCGCAACGGCAGCAUCAUCCACGGACGCUCGGCCCAUCUCCUCACUUGCUUCCCGUGCGCCCGAAGGCUCCAUAAAUUCCAGGCUCCGUGCCCGGGAUGCGGAGAGAUUAUUCAAAAAGUGAUCAAGAUAUUCGUCAUCUAG